UUCAUCCAGUUUUUCAAACUAAUCAGUACUUGAAAAGCCGAAAGAAAGCUGCAAAAGCAAAACUUCAAAACUCAACUCAAGAUUCUGAUCUAUUGAGCUUGAACUUCAAGAUUUGAAUACUUCGUGUUUGUAUAAUAGUAAAAAAUAAAAGAUGGAUGAUGAAGCUGAAACGUACAAAUUAUGGAGAAUCAGAAAAACAGUCAUGCAGUUAUGUCACGACAGAGGCUAUCUGGUAACACAAGAUGAAUUGGAUCAAACACUCGAACAAUUCAAGGAGCAAUUUGGCGAUAAACCAAGCGAAAAACGUCCAGCUCGAGGUGAUUUAAUUGUACUGGUAGCUCACAACGAUGAUCCUACAGAUCAGAUGUUCGUAUUUUUUCCCGAUGAUGAGAAAAUCGGUAUCAAAACUAUAAAAACAUACUGUCAGCGGAUGCAGGAAGAGAAUAUUCACAGGGCCAUUAUCGUCGUACAGCAAGGAAUGACUCCUUCUGCUAAACAAUCGCUCGUCGAUAUGGCACCGAAAUAUAUUCUCGAGCAUUUCUUAGAAUCGGAAUUAUUGAUUAAUAUCACCGAACAUGAACUUGUGCCAGAACAUAUAGUAUUGACUCCAGAUGAAAAACAAGAAUUAUUAACUAGAUAUAAACUGAAAGAAAAUCAAUUAAUGAGAAUACAAGCUGGUGAUCCCGUAGCGAGGUAUUUCGGACUGAAACGUGGUCAAGUUGUGAAAAUUGUCAGAUUAUCCGUCACUGCUGGUCGUUAUAUUUCCUACAGGCUUGUGUGUUGAAAUAAUUGCGAAUACAAGCAAAUUAAGAUAAAUAUUUUUACGAGUUGUUUCCUUUUUUUUAAAAAUAAAGUGAUUUUUGUACAAAAGAAAAAAGAGAAAGUGUGAUUGAUUUAAAAAUAAGGAUUUAUUAGUUCGAUAAGAUAUAAAAACAAGUACAAAGUUCAAGUUCAGCUAGAUGAAGGUCAUCGUAGCAUUUCAUGAGUAAUACAAUAAUGAUAAAACAAUAACAAAAAGAAAAAUUGAAGAAUUCAACAUACCGAAUAAAAAGCUACUUUAUUAUAACCAGGUAUUCCCAGGAACUGAAAAGGCAAAAUACAAGACACUAAAUAUAUCCUUAUUUUGUAAAUCCAAGUCAACUACAAAAAAAAAAAAAAGAAAAGAAAAGAAAAACAAAACUAGCUAGAAAUACCAGAUUGAUACUCAAUAGGAAUACUUUUACAUGGUAAAUAAAAAUUAACACUCCUUGUUAACAAACUCACACCUGAAGUUACUACAUAUCGACAAUUGACCGUGAAAAAGUCUUUUGAUAGCAAAUUUAGGCAGUGAAUUCUAAAAAUACACGAGUUUAAAUCUAAUUUGAUAUACUGAACAAUCACUCCUAAAAUUUACUUAAACUUUCGAUCAAAAAUACGAGCACACGAACUUCCAGGAUUAAUAAAAUAUCUUUCAAUAAGCUUUUUAGAAGGCAGUAAAGGAUCGUCACUCAUCUGUAAAACAUGUCACAAAAUUAGUAAAAUUCAGAAAAUACAAAUUGCAUUUGAUGAGUUGAAAUAAUCAUUACUUGUUCAUGAUAUAACGGUAACAACUUCUCAAAAAUUUUCACACCAGCAAGGGCGUCUAACGCAGCAUAUCUAGCUGUGUCUUCAUCCAAUUCGCGAGAAUUCCAUUUGUAAAAUAAUACGUUAUCCUUAUCUAACUCGAAGUGCAACAAGGAUUUUGUAAGUUCUUUCAAAGAUUCGCUUCGACUGAACACGUUACAACUUCUUGAUAGAUACCGAAUAUCUAAUCGUCCAACUACUUGGCAGUUUUGAAAUUUAUGGUGUAACACUUUACCAUCAUUGAAAAUACCAACACCCACUUUGAUGAUUUUUCGAUCGCUCAAGAAGUCC